AUGGAAGAAGAAGAUUCGAUAUUUGAUCCUACUCUCAAGAAAAAAAAGAAGAAGAAGAAGACUACCUUCGAUUUGGAUGCUGCUAGCGGAGAAGCUGGUAGUGGGAAUGAAGCCAACGAGGGUGUUACCGAUAAGGAAAACCAAGAACCGGAGCAACAAUUGCCCGAGGAUGAUGAUGCCUUGGAUUUGGAAAAUUUCGGAAAGAAAAAAAAGAAAAAGAAGAAGACUUUUAAUUUAGACGAUGGAGAUAAUGCAGUGUCUGAUAAUAAGAAAGAGGAUGCAACGGAAUCUAGGACCGAAGAAGUAGCAGCUGAUGAUAACCUUGAUUUGGAUAUGGACUUUUCCAAAACGAAAAAGAAAAAAAAGAGUAAAAAAAAAGAUUUCGAUGAAUUGAUAGCAAAAGAAGACAAAAAGGAUAAUGAUGACAAAGAUAAUGUGCAGAGUAUGAUUUGUAAAACUCUGCAUCGACAACCGAAACAUUUGUUAGACUUUUUGUUAGCUGAAUUGGGAACAAGUGGUUCUGUCGACGGUAAUAGUCAGCUUAUUAUUAAAGGAAGAUUUCAACAGAAACAAAUUGAGAAUGUUCUGCGUAGAUACAUUAAAGAGUAUGUAACAUGUCAUACUUGUCGUUCGCCUGAUACAAUUUUACAGAAAGAUACGAGACUUUUCUUCUUGCAAUGUGAAACCUGCGGGUCAAGAUGUUCUGUAGCCAGCAUCAAAUCUGGUUUCCAGGCUGUUACUGGUAAACGAGCUGCCAUUCGAGCUAAAACAGCUUAA